CCACUCUCCUUAUAAAAUAUCUUAAACACUGAAUGACACAGCGACUGUGUGGGAUUGCAUCAGUGUGUAUAAGUAGCGCUUUAGGAGCAUAACAAAGCUUCCUUUUUAGGGAAGUUGUUGUGGCCGAGUGGACUUACGCACUGGUUUGACAAUCUUGCUAGGCGGUGGGUGCCGUACGUCGCUGGUUCGACCCCGGGCUGGGGCGAAAAUUUUCAGUACCUAGUUGUGAUUAUUUAGUGCUUUAUAUAUUAAUUAAUUGAUUUUCACAUGUAUCGUUUAGAUCCUAGGGGUAAACGUAAGGUUGGGUGUUAUAAUUGUUUGUUUGUGCUUUAUAUAUAUAUAUAUCUAUAUAGCUAUAGCCAUAAUUGUGAAUAGCACAUAUGAAAAUGAGGAGUGAGCAUGAUGGUAAAAAUCAGGUAUCAGGGACUUACGCUGCAUCAUACUAUGUCGUCAUGGUAUUGUAAAUUUUGUGAUAAUGUGCCCAUAGCAACGAGUUUAUCCGAAAGUAUUCUGACAAGGAUGGUUUAACAAAGAAACAUUUACUAGUAUUUAGUCAUGGAUACAUAUAUAAGGAAAGUCUGUGGGUCUGACAUAGAGUAGGGCGAGAUGAUCUCCUCGAUACUAAUGCUUUCGACCUUUUUGUGUGUUGGAACCCAGGUGCAAUCUUUAUCUUUUGACUACCUUCAGGAUUUCGUCGUGGAAGGUGGACGUCCGCUCACUGUAAAACUAAAUAGGAAAGGCGAUACGCGGAGCAUAGGUUUCCGGUUUGAACGUGAAUGUAACCACUGUACCAGACUGAGUGCCACGUUCCCUGUGAACUACACUGUUCGUGGAGAUAGCUUCACUCUACAGGCCACGGAGAAUGUCGUGGUAGACGAAUUGUUUCUCAUUAAAGUGGUGGCUUUUGACAAGACCAAACCGAACGAAAACCUGCAUGUCCUUCGCUUCACAUUUGUCGACAAUGACGACAUCCGCCAUCGUUUGGCUGAGGGAAGCCUACAGAGCUUAAGUCAUACUAUAAAGCAUCCGGCAAACUUACCGCUCACAACGUACUCCUUCUCAGACGUAAUGGAUCAGAGUUUCAAUACGCAGUGGAACAGACAGCCUACUAAAGUCACAUUUGAAGUAAAUGAAGGGGGUUCUAAACAGAUAGCUAUCGUUCCUAAAGACGAUCAUAUCGUGGAAGGUGAAACUACGAAAUACGUACUGGUCAUCAAAAAGCUCAUUUCCUGUGAACCCGUUCAACACUACUACAAACACUUCGUGGUGUCGGUCAGGGACAAUGAUGUCAAAGGAAAUUGGUUACCUGUUGGUGAUUGGUCCAAAUGCGAAAAGAUCGAUCAAAAUAGUCCAUUCCAGGAUUGCCGGCGCAUGCGCUCACGAUCGUGCAGUGCUCCCGAAUCUGUGUUAGGAAAACACCCAGUAUGUGAUGGAUCGGAAAUGCAAACGGAGAGAUGUGAAUGUCCUCCACGUUUCGGAUAGGUUUACUAUGCCUUAACGUUAGUUCCGAUCCACUAACUCUCUGUAAUAUUUUAAUUUAUUAACUAGCUAUAGAAAAGUUCAUUGAAUUCCUUACCCGUGUAUCUAUAUUCUGUUCACAGUGUUGUCGUUCUUGUUACUGUUUGAAACAUCAGUCUGUUGUGAGGUCAAUAAAUAUUGUUACAUGG